UCCGGGUCCGCCCAGUGUGGUGACAGCCCUGACAAGAUGGCGGUGUAUACAGGAGGAAAGUGAAAAAGAAAAACUAAAUAUUAGCCUCUUGUUGCUACAUUUGCUAAAACCAUAUGGAUCUCAGCAAAUUACCACAGUAUCUAUGCGUAGUAUAUUUCUAGUUAUGUAUUCGACAUGCAGGCUAGUGUGCUCACUGGAUAGCUAGCUAACGGGCUAAUGUCAGUGUGUUUAAAUUUUUGUCAAUGCCGUUGACUAGCUUUCAACGCUAGCGAACGAAUUAAAUUCAGGCCAGGAAAGGGUCAACUCGACUGGCAACCACUAGUAUAACUUUUCCUCCUACGCAAAAGGGGGAGCACACUUUACUUUAAAAGCUUGUUUGUCAUCUGAAGGAUUAGCAGAGCGGAUUGACACGGAACAGAAGACGCCAUCUCCUAGUUAGCAAGCUAACGUUAGCUGUUUACGGGCGAGACUCCAUCUAGCCGCCAUGGCGCAUUCUCCAGUCCAGGGUAGCCUGCCAGGGAUGCAGAACUUAAAGGCAGACCCAGAGGAAUUCUUUACCAAGUUGGAGAGGAUUGGCAAAGGCUCUUUUGGCGAAGUGUUCAAAGGCAUCGACAAUCGCUCCCAGAAGGUGGUGGCCAUCAAGAUCAUUGACCUGGAGGAGGCUGAGGAUGAGAUAGAGGACAUACAGCAGGAGAUCACAGUACUGAGCCAGUGUGACAGCCCCUUUGUCACCAAAUACUACGGCUCCUAUCUGAAAGAUGCAAAACUAUGGAUCAUCAUGGAGUACCUUGGCGGUGGGUCUGCAUUGGAUUUGUUGGAGCCAGGAUCUCUGGAUGAGACGCAGAUAGCCACCAUCCUGAGAGAGAUCCUCAAAGGCCUGGAGUACCUCCACUCAGAAAAGAAGAUCCACAGGGAUAUCAAAGCUGCCAACGUGCUGCUGUCCGAGCAGGGCGAGGUGAAGCUGGCAGACUUUGGCGUGGCGGGCCAGCUGACAGACACGCAGAUCAAAAGGAACACGUUUGUGGGCACGCCAUUCUGGAUGGCACCGGAGGUCAUCAAGCAGUCAGCCUACGACUCCAAGGCUGACAUAUGGUCUCUGGGCAUUACAGCCAUCGAGCUUGCCAAGGGAGAACCCCCCCACUCAGAGCUUCACCCCAUGAAGGUCUUAUUUCUUAUCCCAAAGAACAACCCCCCAACUCUGGAGGGAAACUACAGCAAACCCCUCAAGGAGUUUAUCGAGGCCUGCUUAAACAAAGAGCCCAGUUUUAGACCCACUGCCAAAGAGUUGUUGAAGCAUAAGCUGAUCGUGCGCCAUGCCAAGAAGACCUCCUACCUGACGGAGCUGGUGGAUAAGUACAAGAGGUGGAAGGCAGAGCAGUCACGAGUCCACGAGUCCAGCUCCGAUGAGUCGGAUUCAGAACAGGAUGGCCAGGCAUCGGGUGGGAACGACUUUGGGAGCGAUGAUUGGAUCUUCACUAUUCGGGAGAAGGACCCGAAGAAGCUGCAGAACGGCGAGGGCCAGUCGGGGGCGCUAGAUCAGACGAAAGACAUUCCAAAGAAGCCUUACUCACAGAGCCUGUCCACCGUCAUCUCUCCCUCACUAGCUGAGCUGAAGGCACGUCAGGAGCAGGUCAACGGGAACCCCAUGGCCCUGGAUGAGCUGCGAGAGGCCAUCCUCCUGGCGGAGGAGGCCUUCCCCGGCAUCUCCGACUCCCUGGUCGCCCGCAUGGUCCACAGGCUCCAGAGAUUCUCCACCAGCAGGAAGUCCUCCUCCUCUUCUCCCUAGGGAUGUUCUCCCUGGCCCCCGGCCCCCACCCCUUCCAGGCCCAACCCCCUGCACUGGGGCCAAGUCAGGUUUAGAGGUCAGGGGUCAACACCAGUGGGACCCUGCCCAAUCUAAUCUUUCCGGAAGGGAGGGACACUCCAGUGUCUGGUGGGAAAACUCUGGAAAUGAGAACCUUGUAACUCACCAGAGGUGGGCAGCAGAGCCCACAUUCAGCCUGAACUUGACAAAGCUACUUCUUGUGGACCCCCACACAGCGUGGGGGAGAGACUCACUAGCUGCCUGCAGGAGAUGAGAGUACUCCUUAACAGCUGAGCGUUAGACCGAUUCUGUCCAGUGGAGAAAGCCCUGGAGAUGUUGUCUCCCAUUACAGAGUGUCUCUGCGAGUCUCCGCCCGAUUAGAGGAGAUAACUAUACGCAAUCCAUAAAAGGACUUCUUCUGUUACUCUGUGAGGGAACCAUAUCUCCUGAACGCAUGCAGCAACCAGUGGGGAUAAAUCUGUUUCUGUGUGUGCCUGUGUGAGAGCGAGAGAUGGGAGGGUGGUGAGAGGAUGUUUGUGUGUGUGCACUUAGUAUGUUCAAGACUCCUUGCUUCUGGCAAUUGCAGCAUUUUUAAUGAAACCUCAGGUAAAGUGCUUUAAGUGGACUCUUCCUGGGCAUUGGGAGGCGCUGUGUUUUGAUUUGUAUACAUACCUGUAUAUGAUUGAAAAGGGUCACAGGCAUCGCAGACAUGAAUCACUGUGUACAAAAUGGUCGUGCGCAUUUUGUAGAUCAAAUGAAAGGUAGAUAUUUAAGAGUUAAGUCACUCAAAUGGACAUAACUGAAAAUGCCUUGCCUUUUUUGAGAUGCACAUUGAAAUUCUGGCGUCCACAUUUCAUCCCAGUGUUUAUUUCUCCAUCAGAGAGCUGAGGUUCUAUGCUCUUCUACUCUUGUCAGCUUUCCAUUGGACUGAGUUCCAGUCUGCCAUGUCAAUCACCCAGAUCUCUCUCUGCUUUCUUAGGUUACAUCAUUUGUCAAACAGUGGUUUGAACUGCUAUAUGCUUAGGCCAAGGGAUUCCUGUUACAGAUACGGUCAAGGAACAAUUCCCUGCUGGGACUACAGUAGGUAGGGACAGCUGCUUCUGGGUCAGCUGUUUCAUUCAGAUUGCCAAACAGAACCCCGUGUAGGAAGGUUCGCCAAGUUCAAGAUGUCUUGCUGUUUCUCUCAUUGUAAAGGAACAGGUUCAAGACAAAUGCCUGACUCAUUUCACUCCAAACACUUACCUGUCACAUGACGCUACAUGAAGUGCCAUGUCCUGUUUCAUUGUCACCCUGGUUUUGUAUUAUGAUUUGCACCUUUUUUUCUAAUUUCAAAUAUGUCUUCUUUUUGUUGUCUUUUCUUUGUUGUUGCACUUUGAAAGUGUAGAGUAUUUAAAGUACAAGGAAUUAAAAAACAAGGAGUUGCAAAUAGCCAUCUUUUACUAUAUGUUUACUUUAUAUAAAGUUCCAGAUUUUACUACUGUGCUAAUGCAGCAAUAAUGUUGAGGAGUUGCAUCAGGGCGCACUUAUCAACACAGGGAAUGAACUGAGAAAUAUCCAAUAUUUUUGUAACUGCAAAGAGUUAAAAGUAUGGGUUUAAGGAACGCGUUCUGGCUAUGAUCACCUGCCUCUGGCUGUUAUAACUUAUAGUAAACAUAUGCUACAGACAGUA